AUGAGUUUUCAUCAGGCUGAGGAUAUGAUUAAAGAGGCCGAGCAGAAGGCCCAAGGCUCGAAAGGCAUUUUCUCCUUUCUCGGAGGAGGACCAAGCUACGACGAGGCCGCUGAUUUGUACAAGAACGCUGCGAAUCAGUUCAAGCUCUUGAAGGACUGGAAUCGGGCUGGGGAAACGCUGGUCCGGGCAGGGGAGAUGAUGGGCAAGUAUGGCUCGGCAUCUGAUGAGGCUCACUACUACGAGGAGGCAGGAAAUGCCUUUAGACGGGCUGAGAGAAUCCACGAUGCUAUCACAUGGUAUGAGCAUGCGGUAAAGAUAUACAGCUCGGCUGGUCGAUUCCAGGCAGGCGGGAAGAUCCUACGAACAAUUGCGGAGAUUUCUGAGGAGGAUAUCGAUGUCAAAGCAGAGGAGGCAUUGACCUACUACAAGAAGGCGGCUGAUAUGUUCGAAAUGGACGAAUACAGCAAGGCCCCUCAUUCCCAGUGUAUGCUGAAGGUCGCUGAACUUUCAGCCGAAGUCGGUAAAUACGAAGAUGCUGCUAAGAUAUUCGAGAAGGAAGGGGAAAAAGCGUUGCAUAAUUCUAUGCUACAAUUCGGUGCUCGGGAGCAUUUCCUGAAGGCUGGCAUCAUGUGGAUGUGUGCUGGUGAUCCGGUUACUGCUAGUAUAGCAGUUGAGAGGUAUAUGUCGGAGGACCCUCGCCUGGCUACUUCACGCGAAGGGGAGCUGCUGCAGGAUAUGACUCAGGCAUUUUCGAAUAACGAUGUUGAUGCAUUCGUGGAUGCACUACACAAAUACGACUCCGUGACCAGACUGGAUGCGUGGAAGACUGAGAUGCUAUGCAAGGUGAAGGAGAUCAUGGCACCCAGCGCAGAGAAUCAGGCAAACGAUGUGGACCUAACCUGAGGAGGGGUCUGCUGCUGCUGCUGAAUACACUCUGGCAACUCUGCACGAUGGGGGGAUUCCCUUUAGCGACACCUUAUUC